CAGUAAAGAUGGCAGCUACGUGUGUUUCCCGUGGUGUUCUCUGUCAGGCUUUGAGCAGGUGCAGGUGUUCAGGAGGAAACCUGAGGCAGAUCUCAGCGAGAGACCUGGACCUGAACCACAGGUCAGUCUCUGUCCUGUACGUGUGUAGUGCGCACACAGCAGGAGGCUACAGGUCCAGACAGCAGAGUGGUCAGUCUGUCACAUCAGAAUCUGUGGCAGGAAAACGCUUGGCCUGCUGGGAAAAAGUGAGCAGACCUGACUUUACUGGGGAAAACUUCCAGAGCGCACAGGGUGGAGGAAGAGGAGGAAGAAUACUGUGGGUAGCAGUUGCCUUCUCUCUGUUCAACAGUUCUGAUGAAGACCAACAAGAUGAAGCACAGAGAAAAGAGGAUGAGAUCAUCCUGCUGCUGAAGAAGGCCAAGCUGAGUCUGCACCGGGGCCAGCUGCAGGCCACCUCUGGCUUCCUCCAUCAGGCCGUCGCUCUGGCUCAUCAGACCCACAACACCCAGGCCAUCAUCUACACUUACAGCCUGAUGGCGAAUCUGGCCUAUGUCCAGGGUCAGCUGGACCAGGCAGAGAAACUCUUCAAAGCAGCAAUGAGCUUCAUGCUGUCGGGAGGAACACCACAGGACGACAAUGCCAUCAUCGAGAUGUCUCUGAAACUUGCCACCAUCUAUGCAGAGCAGAACAAGGCGGAGCUUGCUGAUCAUGGGUUCAGGUUCUGUACGGACUCUCUGGAGGCCAAACUGCAGAAACAGAGGGAGCUGCCAGCAGAGGAGCUGACAGAAGAGAUGAAGGCCCUGAGGAAGGAGACCCAUCUACUCCUCGGCCUGUGUUUGGACUCACGAGCUCGAUACCGAGCAUCAACACUGCACCUGAACCAGGCUAGACAGGACUACCAAAACGCCCUGAACAUCUGCCGCCAGGAGCAGGGAGAGACACACCCACAGACUCUGGUGUUGAUGAGCGACCUGGCCACCAUCUUGGAUCUGCAGGGCCACCAUGAUGACGCUCUGGCACUGGUCCAGCAGGCUGUGGAUCUGAGUCGUUCCAAUGGACACCCAGACCAGCAUGUCCUGCUGGGAAACUUGGCUGGGAUCCUGCUACACAAAGGCCUGCUGGAGGACUCGUUCCGGUUUUACCAGGAGGCUCUGAGUCUGGCCCAACAGACUGGAGAUCAGGAGGCUGUGGACAAGAUUCAGGAGGGACUGAAGGAGGUGAAGAAGAAGAGGGAGCAAGAGAGGAAGGAGGAGCAGAAUGCACAAGAGUGACUGAGAGGGGCUGGUGACGGACAGACUGCUGGACCGCGAGACGAGUCCAUCAGUCUGUUUGUCAGCCACAAACUGUAUCAGCUGACAGGAUUCAGGUGACCCCUUUCAGGACCACGUGUCCUCUUAUACUUGUGAAGUCUAUAGUUUCUUGUUUUUGUCGCAUUUGUGGUCCCCAGAGGAUGGCAC